AUGACUGCACAGACAUUUGCAGUGAUCAGGGCUCAGGUGUGUCCUCGGCGAUGCCUGUGUCCUGCCGAGGUUCCAGUGUGUCUCUCUGGGGUGCCCCUGGUCCUGGAUGACUGUGCCUGCUGUCUGGUUUGUGCAGGUCAAAAAGGCCAAGCAUGCUCAGAGAUGAAACCCUGUGACACAAUUAAAGGGCUGCAGUGUGAUUACUCAGUGGAUGUUCACAAGAGAACUGGCAUCUGUGCGGUCAGUGUAGGUAAUGUGUGCAUUUUGGAGGGUUUAGUCUAUCAGCAUGGCCAGAUCUUCUUCCCAAGCUGUAAAUACCAGUGUGUGUGCCAGAAUGGUCAGAUAGCCUGCAUUCCUCGCUGCAACCUGGAUGUUAUGCUUCCUGGGCCCGAUUGUCCAAUCCCACGCAAGGUCCAGGUUCCUGGAGAAUGCUGUGAGAAGUGGGUGUGUGAGCCCCAGACUGAAGCAAGUGCACUGGGUGGCUUUGCCAUGGCCGCCUUUCGUCAAGAAGAAACUGUAGGUUUUGGAAGGUGGGACCCCAGGCUGAACUGCAUUGAGCAGACCACAGAGUGGGGGGCCUGCUCUGAAACAUGUGGCAUGGGGGUCUCCACCAGGGUCACAAACAAGAACAACCGCUGUGAGAUGGUGAAGCAGAGUCGGCUGUGUAUGAUUAGAUCCUGUGAAGACCUGCAGGGACAAUUGACUCAGGUUGCACUAAUGGUAAGAUUCAUUCAAUGCCAGAGGGUUGUGAGGAGCGACAAAGCUGUUCACCUUGAGCAUAAGAACUGCACCAGUGUUCUGGCCUACAAGCCUCGCUACUGCGGCACCUGUACAGAUGGACGCUGCUGCACCCCCCACCGAACCAAGACCACUCUGGUGAAGUUCCAGUGUUCCAACAACACAAUCACCCGCAAGCCAGUCAUGGCAAUCCUAACCUGUGUCUGCCACACCCAUUGCCCUAGAGACAAUGCUGCAUGGGAGCCAUCGCUGCUCCUAUACGGUGGCAUGACAGGAAGAUGAGUCCAGGUUGGAGCUAAUGACAAAAUAAUUGCUGUAUUGAGUCCUGAAUAUUAACAUCCAGCACAAUAUUUAAUGCUGCCAAUAAUAUAUAUAAAAAAAGAAAAGAGAAAAAAGACCCAAACUAUGGCAAAAGCAAACUUAGGGCUGCCAGACCAGCAGAGGUCUGGAUAGACAUCAAAGCUUGAGAUUAAUAUUUAAGUUUAUGAUGAGCCUUCAUUUAAAAUCUCAACUGAGAUUUAUAAUUAACUUGAAAAUUAACUCAAGAAAUUUGAAAAUCAUUUAACAUUUUAAGGAUAUGGAAUAACUGAUGACUUUACUAGCUGUAUAAACUGAAUUCAUAAUCCAUUAAUUUCUGCUGAGGUUUUUGUUUCUUUUUAUGCAGUAUAACAGCAGAUUAAAUGGUUUAUGAUACAAAUGUCCAUGUAUAAUUGUGAGCACAACCAAUGUAUUUGGGCCUCAUUCCCAGCCACACGUCACUAGAUAUAUAUAUAAUGUGAAAUUAAUCAUUUGAGUUACAAGCAAAAUAAAC